UACACGCUGUUGGAACGUUAAAAAUUCAGUGAUAAAAGACAAUGGGGGUUGUAAAUGUUGUUACUACUGCUUUAUGUUUAUUAUCCAAUUUAAAUCAAGAACCCCCAUCUUUAACAUUUCAAAGAAGCUUCUUUACACUAUACAAUAUUGAUAGAGUGUUGUGCCCCCCAGUAAGAAAGAACGAAGUGAACUUUUAUUUAUAUACAAGGAAGACUACAUCAACACCUGAGCAGUUGUUUCUUAAUGAUCCAUCAACUUUAAGUAAAUCCCAUUUCAGUACCUCGAAGCCAACAGUUUUUUUCAUUCAUGGCUUCCUUGAGAGUUCUGCAUCCCACGAUGCUACUGCUAUGAAGAAAGCGCAACUGGAAAGGGCCGAUUGCAAUAUGAUUCUUGUUGAUGCGAAAUUAUUAUUUGCCGGUCCAAAUUAUUUUACGGGUGCCGCCAACGUUGAAGCUGUUGGGAAGUACAUUGCGGAGUUCAUCGACUUUUUAGUGUCUCAAGGAGUUAAUCUUUCAGACGUGGAAGUUACUGGUAUGAGCUUAGGUGGUCAGACUACUGGAAUCGUAGGUCAAAACGUUAAAAGUGGAAAGUUGCCAAAAAUCCUAGCUUUCGAUCCUGCUGGCCCCCUUUUUAACUUCUACCCUGAUCACAAGAGACUUGAUAAAAGUGAUGCUGAAUUAGUUAUUGUGAUUCACAGUAACUCGCUGCUUAAUGGUUACUACGAAUCAUGCGGACACGUGGACUUUUGGAUAAAUGGAAAACCUUUCCUUCAACCUGGCUGUGAUCCUGUCGAUGUUAAUUUAAGGACGUCAUUCGAUAUUCCUGAACUGAUAUUUUGCAGUCACUUCUUAAGCUAUAGAGUUGGAGCUUACUCAAUAAUGAAUCCACAGUCUUUUCCCAGCAGAAAAUGUGACUCAUAUAAUAAUUACAAAUCGGGACAAUGUAACAACAAUGAUCUACAAUAUGUUGGAGACAAUGUUACUUCUUCAGCAUCUGGUGAUUAUUACAUAACCCUUGGAGAUGAUGUAUAUUCCAAAUUUUCAGCAGUUGGAAUUCAAUAAUUCAUUAAAAUAUUAAUUAAAAA